UGUGCGCGCGCCUUGAGAGGGGGCGGGAAGGUUGGUUUGAGAGGCGCGCUCGCGACGCUAACGGCUCUCUCUCCCCCCUCUCUGUCCUCCUCAGUGGAGCCCCGCUCACCUCCGCGUCUUCAGCCGACACCUGAGUGGAAGUAAAAAAAAACCAGAAAUUUCUCUGGAAAAGAAACGAUCUGUGUGGAAGUGGACAGAGAGAGAGAGAGAGAGAGAGAGAAACAGGGAAGACGACCCGAUACCAGGCUGGUCAAAGCUGGGGAAAAAAGUCCGAACUCGGGCGAAAAUCAAGAAGAAUCGAAGAAGCGACGUGCUGAGGUUUUCUGGAUUCAGAGUGACAUGGCUGGUGUUCCUAACAAGCUUGUCUUUCUCAUGUCGUAUGCAUGGAUGUUCUUAAUGCUCCUCGAACCCAGUCUUCAGAAUGGGGCCGUAGCGGGGCACCGCGAGCCUCUUCCUGAUGACAGCAAAGACAACAUAACCAUUUUCACUCGGAUUUUGGACCGCUUGCUAGAUGGCUACGACAACAGGCUGCGCCCUGGUCUAGGAGAGAGUGUGACUGAAGUUCGAACCAACAUCUACGUCACCAGUUUUGGACCGGUAUCAGACACAGACAUGGAGUACACAAUUGACGUAUUUUUCCGCCAAAGCUGGAGGGAUGAGAGGCUGAAGUUUGAUGGCCCCAUGCAGGUUCUCCCCCUCAACAAUCUUUUGGCAAGCAAGAUCUGGACUCCAGAUACUUUCUUCCACAACGGGAAAAAGUCAGUGGCUCACAACAUGACCACUCCUAAUAAACUUUUGCGGCUGGUGGACAACGGGACCCUGCUGUACACCAUGAGAUUAACUAUUCACGCUGAGUGCCCCAUGCAUCUGGAAGAUUUUCCCAUGGAUGCUCACGCCUGCCCACUCAAGUUUGGAAGCUAUGCGUACACUAACAACGAAGUGGUCUACAUCUGGACUGCGGAUGAUGAGAAGUCUGUGUCGGUGGCUCCAGACGGCUCCCGUCUCAACCAGUAUGACCUGCUGGGACACGUCAUAGGCAAAGAGACCAUCAGUUCCAGCACAGGAGAAUAUGUGGUGAUGACGACGUAUUUUCAUCUGAAAAGGAAAAUCGGCUAUUUUGUCAUUCAGACGUAUUUACCCUGCAUCAUGACAGUCAUCCUUUCCCAGGUCUCCUUCUGGCUCAAUCGGGAGUCUGUGCCGGCACGUACCGUCUUUGGAGUCACCACUGUUCUGACCAUGACCACACUAAGCAUCAGCGCCAGAAACUCUUUACCCAAAGUGGCCUAUGCUACAGCUAUGGACUGGUUCAUGGCCGUCUGUUACGCCUUCGUCUUCUCCGCCCUCAUUGAAUUCGCCACCGUCAACUAUUUUACCAAGCGCAGCUGGGCCUGGGAUGGUCAGAAGGAGAAUCAGGAGAUGAGGAGACGCGAGUCUGCGUCAUUCUCUAAAAAGACCAACAACACGUUCAACAUCGUGGGCACUACUUAUCCAAUGGGCGCGGGAAAAGAAUCCGGACUGACCACUAUCGCUAAGAGCGCUUCCAGCACGGCCUCGGCCCCGGCCCCGGCCCCGGCCCAGCCGGUCCGAGAGGUUCGGCUCUCCAGGAUGGAUGGCGAAUACAUCUGUGAAGGCGUCAAAAAGUCCUACAACCGAGUCAGCAAAGUGGACAAGAUCUCACGCAUCAUCUUUCCUGUGCUUUUCUUCAUCUUCAACCUGGCCUACUGGGCCACUUACGUCAACAGGAAGCCAACCAUCAGGAGGUCCAACCCUCAUAACUGAAAGUAUAUCUGUAACACCAAUGAGAAAAAACUCCCAGUCAAGUCUGGAGUAGCCAUACGAUGCUACCACUACAUUCGUUUGUUUGUUUUUUGUUUUUGAUUUGUUUCCAUUUGGGUUCGCGCGAAGUUUACAUACCAUUCGAUAGCUACGAAGUGUCUUUAGAUUAUGUAUACUUGAAUAUAAUCUUUAUCAUCUCCAUUUUGUUGGGAGACUUGUGUGGUAAAUUUGGAGUAAACCUUGUAGUACGUUUCGACAGCAAAACAGCAGCCAGUUAGACGCCACUCCAUCAGGACGAGCUCCAGGGCCGCAUGCUCCCCACACGCUGUAGAUCAUCAGUGAAAGACUCCAAGCCGUCAUUUUGGUAGUCAAUCGACUCACCGAUCUCUAGCCUUCAGCAGCCAGCCGUAUGUCUGCGUAUACUUCACAACGAUUAGUGUUUGGAGUCUUAGCCAAAUUUAAACCAAUAUCAUCUACAAAUGCUUCUUCAUCAUCCUCUUGAGUCGCCUCGGUUAUUUGUUUGUUGUUGUUUUAACAGCCAGUGCAGGCUCAAAGGUAAAGAUACUGUGCCUUUUCUCAAUCCCUUUCAAUCCUUCUCAGAUGAAUUCAUCAUCCCUCACGGUCAAUCUCUCAAAGAAUUCGAAAUAAACUCCCAGAGUCGUCUGACGCUCCGUCGAGAGCAUGUGACGUUUUACUGCAUUUACGUGCAGACGUGUGAAUCAUAUUUACGUUUUUUUUUUUUAUAUUGAUUUGCAUGAAUUGCACUUUGUAUUGCUUACAGGCUUUAUCCAGUCUAUAGCUGAUUUUUUUUGUUGUUGUCUGCAGUGACAAAUCACAAGGCUACUUUACUGCGUAAACACCAGUCACAGUAUCGCCUCUAAAAUGAAACUUCCAGAGCUAAACUCUUAACACGACCAUCAGUAAUGGUUUUAUGUGAUUAUGUUUUGUGCAAUGUUUGUAGUUUACAUUAAUGCGUUAAUGCUAAAAUGUAAAAAAAAAAAAAAAGUGCCAAAUCAUCCUGAAUAUGACUUUUGCAUUCUGUACUUUAAAAGAGCCAAGUUUACUAUUUUUUUUUCUAAAAGUUGCGUAAUGUAUGUACUUAUGUGACAGCAAGCUAUAUGAAGCAAAAAAACCAUUAACCUAAGCAUUUCAUGAAUCAUUGCUGUUGAAUAAUAGUUUCGAGUAAAUCAUGAUACCAUCCGUUAUAAAAAAAAAACUAAAAAAAUACGAGUGGACAGAAAACACUUCCAUUUUCAGUCUUUUUUCACCAAUUUGUUCGUUCACCUCCUCACACUGUAUUAAUAGUAGAUAGAUUUAAUGCAUGACAAUCUUCAGUAUCCUGUCCAUCAUCUCGUGUUACACCUCCGAUGUGUAGCUCCUCCGAAAAACUCGAUUUGGAGUGUGUAGAUACCGUAUUGUCUCAUUGGGAUAUUUCAUACGUUUGUAUUUUGCUGUAAAUCGUAAAUAAAACCAUAUCUGAAUAUAGGAGUAUAUUUAUAUAGUACUAUAAACAUCUAUUUAUGGUAUUUAUUAUAUACAGUAUAUAUAUAGACAUGGUAUAUAUAGACACAUAGAUAUAUCAGGAAGCCCAUCAGUAGGGAACAGUCCUGUUCUAGUAAACCUGCUGAUUUACCUGCUGAGGUUUAGUUCACAUUAUGUAAUGAAUUGUGCUGGACUCCUGGUUCUGAUUGUCUAAGCCAGCAGCCAGGCUUCUCUGUUUAAUAGUAUCGAAGCAAAGGUACAGAACCAGCGAUCCGUACGGCAACGUCGUGCCCGGGAAAUAGACCAGACGUGUAUUGUGAUCUGUAUCCGAGGCCGGAGAAAGUCGUGAUAGUUCUGUUAUAUUGUGAAUCCAAUUUAAAUAGAAACCUCGGUUCUCUAUAACUUUGCUGUCUAACAUAUGCACACUGAGGAAGUAAUGUAGAUAUGUAUUUUUAUGACUUUUAUUGUUAAAGUUUUAAAGGCAAAGUAAAGAUUCAGCAUUCAGGUCCAAGCCAUGAUCACUGAACACUUGUAUAGACGCAGUAUUAAUAUAUUACAUUUAUCACUGCCAGUCUGAAACAACUCGUGUAUUAAUGCUGCUUCUCUUAACUCCACUGGCAUGAGGUAUCUAUCUGUCUGUUUUCUUCCUCCUUAUGGAUUAUAAUAGAGCCUUUUCUAUACAUCUGCUUAUAUCAGAAUUAGGUUUAUUGGCCAAGUGUGUUAACAUACACAAGGAAUUUGGUUCCAGCUGUUAGUGACUCUCAAACACAUCUGCUUUCACAUUGGCUACAUUUCCCAACAAGAUUCUUUUCCAGAAAGUCUCUCUCUCUCUCUCUCUCUCUCUCUCUCUCUCUCUCUCUCUCUCUUUCUUUCUCUCACUC